UCUUUGCUUCUCUGUCGUCGGUGUCGCCAGUCACUUCCUGAAACUGCUCUUCUGUCAUGGAUGUCAAGGACGAUUCCCUGAACUUAGCAGUUGACCAUCUUGAGAAAACUGUCUCGCAAUACCAAUCCGAACUCGAUACGAAGGUUAAUUUUGGGGCUCUCCAAGAUGCCAUCGAUACCCUGGAAAAGGCAAUGCAGCGCUACCAAGGCUUCGCCCAAGAAAAAAUGGACCAUGUGCGGCGAUUAAAUACUAAAAUUCGUCAUGAUUAUCGGAAAUGUGUUAGCCUGAUUUUCGAAUGGUGUACGACUGCCACCAAUAUAAUCGCCACUGUGCUGACCCAGAUUGGAUCCAAGUCCAAGGAUACUCGCAAAAUGAACAUUAAAAUGGUUCAUGAGCUGCUGAAGGAUGGUCUGGAAAAGGCUGAAGCCUCCCUGUCUUUGUUAGACGAUGUUCUGUUGAAUACUUCGGAGUUGAAGGACCAAUUCCUAUCUCUUACGCAUGUCAUCGAAAAAAAUUAUAAUAAAAAAUUGGCCGAAACCACCCCCUGGUGGAGUAAUCUAAUCAGUGGAAUCUUCUCCGAAGUCGGAGAGAUAAUAUUCAGCUUUAUUGGAAAAAAAUUGGGUUUUAGUGAGGAAAUGGCGAAGAUAUUUGGAGCAAAAUGCCUCGAAGAAUGGAAUAAUGUAAUGGACCCGAAGAAAAAAAUAGAGGGAAUUAAAACAUUUUUUGAAAUCCUAAAAGAUAGAGUCGAGGUUGCCCAAAAAACUACGAGCAAUGUUAUAGAUGCUCUGAAAGAGGAUCACACUAACUUGGCGGAACUAAAAGGCAAACUUAGGAGCUCUGAUAUACUCCAAGAAUUACUGACAAGUAAGUCCAAAGAUAAACGAAUGAGUUUUGCUAAAAGCCUUGAAACUUUGAAAGAACAAUGCGAAAAAUACAUUUUAUGGCACAAGUCAGGCCAGACCACUUCAGGUAAUAAUACCAAUGAAGGAGAUACCAAUGGAUCUAAAAAACAGAUUUUAUCCCAUUAAACAUAUAUAAUAUUACUAUUAAUAUCUAUAUAAUAUUAUUGUUUUUUUAAUAAUUUUUCUUGUAUAUUUUAUGAUUGAGAAUAAAGACAUCCCGAUUUGUGGCAUUUAUUUAUUA